GCCUGGCACCAUCCAGAGUGUGGGGGAGAGCUGCACAAAGCACUAGGUUUCCAGGCAGGAUGAAAAAGACAGUAAUUACAUAACACCACUUGGCUGGCAUCUGGUUUCAAUCAGCUGGGUCCUUGCUCGCCCUCUCUUCUCCCAGUCUAACAAGGAGCAGCUGAGGAUACACGUAGCCCAGCACAAGACCCUGCUUACGGGGUUCAGAGGUCAUUAUGGUAACGAUCCAAUUGCGGGCUCACUUGGCCUUCCUCAUGCUCCCCCUGUUUGUGUUUGGGGUACCCACGGAUGAGCCAGACCCCAAAGAAGUGACCACCACCCCAAGCAGUUGCAGACGCUGCUGCGACCCGCUGAAUUCUCAUGAGUCCCCAGAAGCGGCUCCUGACCUGGCCAGCCGCCACUCUUUGCCCUACCCGAUGCCUGAGGUCCGCCCUUACAUCAACAUCACCAUCCUGAAAGGUGAAAAAGGAGACCGGGGAGAGUCUGGGAUGCCAGGGAAAUGGGGAAAAGAAGGGCCACGAGGUGAGCGGGGUCCCCAGGGUCAGAAAGGCAGCAAGGGCCAAAUGGGUGCCCCAGGUGAUCCCUGCAAGCAUCAGUAUGCUGCUUUCUCAGUGGGCCGCAAGAAGGCACUCCACAGCAGUGAGGGCUACCAGGCCUUAAUCUUUGACACUGUCUUCGUCAAUCUAUAUGGCCACUUCAACAUGUUCAAUGGCAAGUUCUACUGCUACGUGGCUGGCCUCUACUUCUUCAGCCUUAAUGUCCACACCUGGAACUUCAAGGAGACCUACAUGCACAUCAUGCGCAAUGAGAGCGAAGAAGUCAUCCUCUAUGCCCAGCCCAGUGACCGCAGCAUCAUGCAGAGCCAGAGCCUCAUGCUAGAGCUACAGGAGAAAGAUGAGGUUUGGGUGCGCCUCUACAAGCGUGAGCGUGAGAAUGCCAUCUACAGCGAUGACAUUGAUGUCUACAUAACCUUCAAUGGCUACCUGGUCAAGCCCAGUAUUGAUUAACCAGCUUCUUCUCUUGCUGUUCUCCUCUCCUUCCUCUCUAUCUCACAGUCUUUCUCUUUCUCUCUCUCUCCACUGCCCACAAUCACUGCAAACCACAAGGAAUGAAACAGGAGGGUCAUGAUGGAGGAAGCUCCAGGAUACUUCAGAAAAUGGGAGGGUACAGGAACCCAUCUUUCCCAAAGGGGACUGUCAGCAUUCAAGGUCAUUGACUGCCUUGAGAGAGACAUUCCUACUGCAUUGGGGGUGCCAAGUUUAUGACUGCUUCAGCCCUCUCAUGGCUUAGGUCAGCUGACAGGGUCCUAGACAUCAAUGUCAAGCCAGGGAGCAGUCAGGCAGUUAGUUUAUCGCUGUCUAUGAUGAGCUGUCUGUGAUAGGUUGUGUCAGUGGCUGCUUCUCCAGACAGUAACCAGUCAGAUUUACAGGUGGUGCAAAUUGGUGCAUCUCCACUGAAGAAAGCAGCAGAGUCAUACUGCUCUACACCUGCUGAGGAUUAAGUCCUGCAUAUCAGAGAGAGACAGACAGCCUCUCUUGGACCCAGUAAGCCUCCCUCUGCAGAGCAUCCUGGGAUCCUCUGCAGCCUCCAUUCCUGUGUUGGGCUCAAAGCCAGCUCAGCCCAGAGCAGAGUGUUCCCUUUCCAAAAACUGAAGGUGGAAUUGGUUCCACUCUUUCCAUUUACAUCAUUCCAUUGAUAUAAGCAGAGAUACUUCUCACAUGCUGGUGACAGAGGAGGUUCAGAGCCAGGGAAUCAGCUCUGGGCUCACACUGUGUCCAUCCGGCAGAGGUGGCUCCCAUGGCUCUGCCAGGAGACGGUCCUUCCUUUCAAACCCCACCCUUCCCUCCAACCCAUUUACUAGCACAAUCUGGAGAAGGGGGACUGGCUUGUGGGGGGGGGGGGGAGUUCAUCAUGGGUUCUUAAACUACUAAAGCACAUAUUGAGAUCCCAGGGACUAGAUAGACCAGAGCUGUUUGAUAGCCUGCAUGAAACGUGUCGGGGGUUUCAGUCCCAUUCUCUGCCUUUGGCUGUCCCCCUGCUAUCAGCACUUAGUUGGAGUGAGCCACAGAAACUGGAACACCUUCCCAUUGUCAAGGCUGAGGCUAGAAGCAGGACUGUGUGCUGAAGUUUGGGCUGCCCCGGCCUGUUUGACGCAGGCAGCAUUUUCCAGUGUUCUUGGCAUUGGCCUGACUCUGCUUCCACUGUCAUCAGUGAAGAUGGCAUCAGGGAGGAGAAUGAGGUCAACUCUGAGAGCUCCUGGAAACCCAGCCCUGCAUGUUCUGAGGAUGCCAUAAAGAGCAGAGAGAAGUUUACAGGGCUGGCAGAGGACUGGACUCACCAGGGAAACAACAAGAGACAUGGAAUAGAUGUUAAAAACACACUCAAGAGAAUUGUGGGCCAAUUUCUCUCCUGCCAGUGUUAUUACCCCUGCUUUGCUGAGGAGGAGGAGCUGGGGAGAUGCAAAUGAAUUCCAUGCUCCACACCUGCUCACAUACUGCAUCAAGACAGUUGGUAUUAAGAGUGCCUCCAGGGCAAGGUUUGGUGCUACUAGGGAAUUGGUGUGGUGAGACAAUCCCAGGAUGUGAAGGAACAUGAAAGCUGGAGUUCUUCUCUCUCCCUUAGCAGAUGUGGAGUACUGAAUCACUCCAGGGCAGGGCUUGGGCAAGUAGCAAAGGAGCAGUGUGUUUGAAGGGAGAGGGGGGUGACAUUUAGGCAUGAAUGAACUAGGACUGAAUCCCUCCCUCUUUCUAGAAGCCACAGACUGCAAUCCCAGAUGUUGCAUAUUUACAGUACGUGCGUCCCUGUGUCUCCUCAGGGAACAGCAGGAAUCUCUAAUGCUGAAUAACUUCCAGACCUGAGCUCUGAAUUCCCUUUGCUUUCCAGUUUCACCAUUUGUUUCCUGCAGACCAGUGCCUUCAAGGGGGAGCUGAUCAGGGCCUAAAGUGCAUGGGGGAGUCAGUGCGUGCUUAAUUGGCCAGCUUCAGACCCACUGGUGCUAAAUAAAAUGAUGGUCCCUUGGUGCUAAUUGAAGCUUCAGGAGACUCACUGGUGCCCACUGGAAGGCCUAAUAGAGACAUAUUGUACUGUGGAAUUAAUGGUGCUUUACAAUAUCAAAACCAAGAAUUUGCGUGUGUAUGUGUGCGUGUGUGCGUUUGUGUGUGUGUGUAUAUAUAUAUAUAUAUAUAUUUCAAUCAUAUUAAAACUUUUUUUGCACUUUGA